AUGGACAAGUUCGUGCCAUCCAACCAGGGCUCAAUCUCAAUGACCUCCCCUGCGAAAUCCUCACAUGGAAGGUCUGCGACUGACUGCUAUACCUCACCACCAACUGAAAGUGAUCCUUAUCGGUAUAUGCAGGGGUUUGGAAAUCGAUUUGCAUCCGAGGCAGUGCCGGGAACUCUUCCUGAAGGAGGCCGCAAUGUACCCCAAAGAUGUGCCUUUGAUCUUUACUCGGAACAGUUGAAUGGUACAUCAUUUAUAUCAUCACGGCAGACCCUACAACAUGUAUGGAUGUAUCGAAUACGACCCUCUGUGGCACAUCGCCCGCUGGAACCCAUGACGUUGAACACUGAUAUUGAAGCCUGCUUCUCUCCCUCCAAUCCAUCCAUAAAAUACACGCCCCUCAGCUACACCUGGGGCCCUCUCGAAGUCCCCGAACUAGCGACGUCAACAACGUUCUUGACUGGUCUCAAAACAAUUGGUGGACACGGUGACCCAACAAACAAAGAAGGACUAGCGGUUCACAUGUAUGCAGCGAACGCAAGUAUGGAAAGCGAGGCAUUUUGCAACAAUGACGGUGACUUUUUGAUAAUACCAACUGAAGGAGCCCUGGAUGUCCAAACCGAGCUCGGCCGGAUGAUGGUAUCUCCAGGUGAAAUCUGCGUCAUACAAGCCGGCAUUAGAUGGAAGGUUAGCCUGCCUGGUGGUAAAGCAAGGGGCUAUGUACAGGAGAUUUUUGGAAGCCACUAUGAACUGCCAGAGCUAGGUCCAUUGGGUAGCAAUGGGAUGGCGCUUCCACGAGACUUUGAAACACCGGUAGCGAGUUUUGAUAUCGACGAGACAAAGUGGACUAUCAUCCACAAGCUGACCGGAGAGCUAUUCCGCUAUGAACAGGGCUGGACACCGUUUGAUGUAGUGGCAUGGCAUGGAAACUAUGCUCCCUACAAAUACGAACUUUCGAAAUUCGUUUCAUUCAACUGCACUCUGAAAGAGCAGGUGGACCCUACAAUACACACUGUCCUAAUGGCCAGGUCAAAAAUACCCGGGGUAUCUCUUACCGAGUUUGCAGCGUUUCUCCCCAAGUGGCAAACGAGCACCAACACCUUCCGCCCUCCAUAUUACCAUCGCAACAUGGCAACCGAGAUUGGCGGUCUCAUCUACGGCAAAUAUGGAGGCAGUACAAGAGAACAGGUUGCUGGGGGUCUGACCCUGGAAAAUAGUUAUAUGCCACAUGGAGAAUCCUACGAAGCAUGGGUGAAAGCAACAUCUGAGCCACUCGAGAAUAUUUUGGUUGGACGAGAUAGUCUUGGCUUCAUGCUUCAUAUUAGCUCGCAUUUCUCGGUCACCAAGUUCGCUAUGGAAAGACAUAGCUGCAUCCGGUCUCAGCGGGUUGCAUUUUGGGACAACGUCAAGGGACCAUUCCUUGACCACAUCCCUGCCAUCAAUAAGAUGUUACAGGAGCAGGGACUCUCUCCUUUGGGGACCCCUUGA